CUUUGUAAAUGAUUAGAGCUCUUUCAGUUUCACUCUUUUAGUGCACAUAAUUAUAUUUUAUUCGACAAUUUGCGAAAAUGGAAGAACAAUCAGAAUCCAUAAAUAUAAAAAAUCUUCUCAAAUCUCGAAAACCAAUAUUAUUUAAAAACUACAUAAAUUCAUGGCCGAUUAUAAAGUUCACGAUGGAAGACUGGUAUACAAAAUUCAAAGGAAAAAUAUUACCGAUUCGUAUUGGGCACAAAAAGCAUUAUACACAACAAUGGGAGCGAUCAUGCAAAAUUGUUGACAUGAAUUUCAAAGAUUUCAUAAAAGAUUUUCAGGAUUCAGAAGAUAAAUGGGGAUAUUUUGAUUAUAAACAUAUGAAUACAUGGUUUGAAGAAGAUAUGAGCAAUAUGUUUGAUUGGAAGAUUUUUGGUGUUGAAGAAAUUGGUUGUCGAGAUAGUACAUUGUGGAUAGGUACGCCUGGUGCCCAUACCCCGUGUCAUUAUGAUGCUUAUAGUUUUAACUUGGUAGCACAAAUCUCUGGACGAAAGCGAUGGAUUCUCAUACCUCCUGAUAAAAAAUCUAAUCAUCCAAGCCCUAUGAAACCUUGCCGAGUUCCAUAUGAAGAAUCAAGCAUUUAUAGUGGACUAGAUUUUUAUAGUCCAAAAAAAGUAAAAGAUUUCAAAGCUAUUGACGGAGCUAUUGUGGUAACAUUAAACCCUGGAGAUGUAUUGUUUGUACCUAAACAUUGGUGGCAUUUCGUAGAAAAUAUUGAUUUAGCAAUAAGUAUAAAUACUUGGGUGCCCAUGGAAUCUGAUGAUGAAAGCCGUUUGGAAGAAUCAUUUGUAAGAAUGUUUAUUAGUUCAAUAAUUGAUAGAAGUAAUAACAUUGCAGAGGCUAUUUUAAAUCCAAAUGAGGAUGACAUUUCUAAAGAAACUGCUCUUCAAUAUUUAACUUAUUUUGCUAAAAAGCACAAAGAUUUUCCUCCUGGUUCUAGUCAUGAAAAUUUAUUAUUCGAAGAAGAAUUAUAUAAAGAAUAUGAACUAAAAUUUAAAAAUAUUAAAUUUUUGAAUGAGAGUACAAAGAUGGAAUUUGAACAUGUGAUACAAGAAAAUUCUAAACGCCAUCUGAAAAACCACAGAUGGGAAGAUUAAAAAUGAAAAUUUGAAGAUGAUGACGAGUUUAAUUAAUUCAUUU